UCAAGCUCAAGGCACGACGACGACGACGACGACGACGACGAUCGCGAGCGAGGGCGAAGCAGGCACAGGAGCCGCUCGCCGUCGUCAUCAUCCAAGUCAAGCAAGAGCAAGAGCAAGAGCAAGAGCAGCAGGAGGAGAUCGUCGUCGGCGUCGUCGGCGGGAUCGGCGUCGGCGUCGUCGUCGUCGUCCAGGUCACAAUCUCCAGACGACAGACGAUCGCGUUCUGCUCGCAAAUCGUCGAGCUCGAGCUCGAGGCGAAAGUCCCAUCGCCGUCGUGAUAGCAGUGACAAUAGCAGCCAGAGUGGCAGCAGUGAUGAUAGCGCAAGUGAGGACAGCGACAACACAGCCCACCACCGUCACAGCAGCGAUCGACGCGCUUCGUCGAGCCGUGCAAGCUUGGAGGCCAAGGCAGAGCGCGAACGAGCUCGAGCAGAGAAGGCUGCCAACAAGGCCCGCGAGACGCCCGAGGAGAAGCGCGCACGCCGCCUUGCAAAGAAGGAAGCCAAGCGAAAGAAGAAGCUUCUCGAGCUUGGCUGGACAGAGCAGGAGGUGGCAGGCUACACCAACACCGACAACCCGUUUGGUGACACGCACUUGCUGGAGCGCUUCAACUGGGCCAAGAAGAACGCGUCAAACCGCGACAGUGGCCUGUCUGACGCCCAGAUUAAGCAGAUGGAAAAGGCAAGGCACGACGAGAACCGACGCGAGCUUGAAAAGGUCAAAAAGCGGCGUUUGGAACGCGAGCGCGAACAAUUAGAGCGCGACGCCGAACGCACACGCAUGAUGCGCGAAAACGAGGGCUCGGCCUACUCCCAGUGGGAGGCAAAGGAGGACGAGUUCCACCUCAACCAGGCCAAGAUGCGCUCGCAGCUCCGCCUCGCCGACAAUCGCGGCAAGCCGAUCGAUCUUCUGGCGCACUAUGCAACAAACUUUGAGAAUGUCGAGAACUUUGACCUCCAAGAGCCGUACCAUGUGCUGCGCGGCCUGACUCAGGAAGAUUUGGAAGACUUGAGCGCCGACAUCACCCUGUAUGCGCAACUCGAAAAGGGGUCGCAUGUGGACUACUGGGCAGACAUUAGCACCCUCUGCCUGGAUGUUCUCAACCACCGGAAAACAGGCGGCGCAAACAGCAGCACCGUCAGCGGCGCGGUCAAGGCGGAUGUCUCGAAAAUCUUUUUGGGCAAAACCCCUUCGCAGCUCAUUGCCCUUGGCCAGCAAAUCCAGAACAAAAUUGCCGCGUCAGGCACCACGGGUGUUGAUGUGGAGUACUGGGAAACGUUGGCCGUCAAGCUCAAGGUUCACAUGGCUCAUGCCAGGCUGCGCGACAGUCACAUGCAGAUGCUCAAGCGAAUGCUCGCGGAACUCAAGCGCAUGCAGGGGCUGCAGCAGAGUGCCCAGCGCCAGCAACGCGCCGUUCUUGAGCAAGAGCAGCGGCGUCUGCUGCAAGGCUCUGGCCAUCAGGGUGAGUCCGUCUUUGACGAGGCCGACUUGCUCACCGUGGAUGCGGACGCAGCUGACGCUUUCAACAAGAAGCGAUUGGCUGAGCGUCAAGCGCUUGGUCCAGCUGCCGACGAUCAGGAUGACGACGCUGAAGACAUGGAUGAAGAGGCCGAUUUGGACGAUGCCAAGUACGCCGAAGAGCGGCAACGCAUUUUGGAGGCUGGCAUGCGGUUUGAGCUGCCGCUCUUGUCGGCCGACUCUGUGCUGGAUGCGGAAAUUCUCAAUCCAGAAGACGAUCAAGCCAAUCUGGACGAACAACGGCGGCGUGUCGCUGCCGAAGUCGCCGAGGCCGCCGCGACAGGCGAGUUUGCGACCGAGUGGGCUGGCCAACAGGCAGCCGCAGCAGCAGAAGACCUUGCGGGCUCGCUCCUGGGCAAUCCCGAGGAACAUCCCGAUUUGCGACCGUUCGACGACAGUAGCACAACCUUGGACUUGUUCCGCAGCGAAGCCUCCAAGAGCAUGGAAGAGGAUGAACAGGCAUUCAACGUGGACAUUCCUCUGCAACCGCAGCAGUUUAGCGACAAGUAUCGUCCUCGCAAGCCGCGCUUCUUCAACCGCGUGCACACUGGCUUUGAUUGGAAUUUGUACAACCGCAAGCAUUACGACAAGGAGAAUCCUCCGCCGAAGGUUGUUCAAGGCUACAAGUUCAAUAUUUUCUAUCCCGACCUUUUGGACAAGUACGCAACUCCAAAGUACUUUUUGGAACGUGAUCCGACGUCGCCCGACUUUUGCAUUAUUCGCUUCCAGGCUGGACCUCCUUACGAGGACAUUGCGUUCAAGAUUGUGAAACGCGACUGGGAGUAUUCGCAUCGCUUUGGCUUCCGCUGCCAGUUCCAGCGCGGCGUCUUCCAGCUUUAUUUCCGCUUCCAGCGACUUCGCUAUCGUCGCUAAUAAGUUUGUGUGUGUGUGUGCGCGCGCUGUGCAUGGUUGUUGCUCCUUUGUUGGUUUGUCCAAGAUUGGUUGUUGUCAAACACAGUUCAGAACAAUGUUUC